GUCUAUGGUGAUGUGAUUACUGAAAUGUCUUUAGAUAACCUUAAAUAUUAAGAUAAUUUAAAAAUGAAGCGAAAUUAAUUAUUUUUAUAAAUGGAUAAUUUAUUUAGUGUUAUACACAUGAAUAGUUAUUUAAGCAAAACUCACAAGAUGAAAUAUCUCUGACAUGGCGUUUACGUUUAGAAAAUACUAUUAUAAAUAUACAAAGUGUUUAGUGAUAACUGUUUUGCUUGCUUUCUUUAUUCAUAUUUUUAUAGCAUUAAGUUUUUUUCCUUCAAUAAAUGAUAAUUUAUUGAAAAAGAAUGGAUAUAUUUCCAGUGUAAGACAGAUAGUGAGUGAAGUCUCGGCUAGGAAGAAUAACAUUGGAUUUAGUGAUGAUGAGGAUUUAGCUUUAAAUAAUAAGAAUCAAAAACAGUCAACAUAUCUACGACUUGAAGAACUAGACUUUAAGCCUUCUUGUGAAAUUAAAAGCAGAGAAUCUAUAUCUGCUAUUCAUCGUGCUAAGACUCAAAAUUGCAAACAGCAAAUAGUAAAUAAAACAUGUCUUAUUCAGAGUGGAAAUUUUUAUCCAGUAGAAUUACCAAAUGUUUGCCUUCGAGGCCAAACAACUUAUGGCAAACAUUUAGGAUGUUACGCAGAUGAGAAGAAACUGAGAUUGCUGACAGGAUUCUAUGGGAAUUAUGCAAAUACAAAUUCACCAUCUGCUUGUUUGGAUAUUUGCAUCCAAGGUGGAUUUCUGUAUGCUGGAGUUCAGUAUGCGUCAGAAUGCUUUUGUGGAGAAAAUCUACCUCAGACUGCGGCAGCAGUGGCAGACCAUUUGUGUGACAUGAAAUGUCCAGGAAAUUCCAGUCAACAUUGUGGAGGUUACUUCACAAUGAAUAUUUAUGAAACUGGUUUAUCAAAAUUUACCCCGCAAGUACCUAAAACAUCAAGCUUAACUAAAGAACCUGUACAAAUCGUAUUUCUGCUGACACUGAAUGGACGUGCUUUGAGACAAGUUCAUAGAUUAAUUAACGCGUUGUACAGAAGCAAUCACUACUUUUAUAUACACGUUGAUAAGCGUCAGGAUUAUUUACACAGAAAAUUGUCUGUGCUUGAGCAGCUUCCAAAUAUAAGAUUGGCUACAAAUAGAUAUUCCACUAUUUGGGGAGGCGCUUCUUUGCUCAAAAUGUUACUCGCAGCUAUGAAAGAUUUUAUGGCACUUGGAUGGAAAUGGGAUUUUGUAAUAAAUUUAAGUGAAAGUGAUUUUCCUAUCAAGUCAUUAGAAGAAUUAGAAAACUUUUUGUCUGUUAAUAAGGGCCUUAACUUUGUGAAGUCACAUGGACGAGAAGUACAGAGAUUUAUAAAGAAACAGGGCCUUGACAAAACAUUCAUUGAGUGUGAUACGCAUAUGUGGCGUGUCGGUGAAAGGAAGCUACCCAGAGGUAUUGUGAUAGACGGUGGUAGCGAUUGGAUUGCGCUGUCCCCACAGUUUGUUUCAUAUGUGGUUGGAAAACAAGACGAACUUUUAAGUGGUUUGGAUGUAAUAUUUCAGCAUACGCUGUUACCAGCAGAAUCGUUUUUUCAUACAGUAUUAAGAAAUUCCCAUUUUUGUAACUCUUAUGUUGAUAAUAAUUUACAUGUUACGAACUGGAAAAGAAAAUUGGGAUGUAAAUGUCAGUAUAAACACGUGGUUGAUUGGUGCGGGUGCUCUCCUAACGACUUCCGAACAGAAGAUUGGCCGAGAAUCCAAAACACGCAAGACAGGCAGCUAUUUUUUGCUCGCAAGUUUGAACCUGUAAUUAAUCAAGAAAUAUUAAACAGAGUUGAGCAAUUUAUUGGAUUUAAAGAUCAUUAUUUGAUACCAAACUUAGAAGCAUAUUGGCAAAGUAUAUACAAUAUAGAAGAUUUAACAGCUGGCUCUGACGAUAUAAUAUUAACACAUGCUGGAAGUAUAAUUCGACACAACGCAAAAAUCCUGUUUGAAGAAGGUUGCAUUAUAGAACCUGAUGAGAUCAUUGAAAUUAAUUCAUAUAAUCAUGCAGAUAUUUAUAAAGGCAAUUUAAUUCUUCACAAAGCUUUUGUUAAUGGUAACAUAGAAAUAUUAUUGGAAACUUGGUAUAAACCUAAAAAACAUAUAGAACUAAAUUUUGAAAACCCAAUUGUAGAUAAUGUAAAACAAUUUAAAGUAAGUUCUGAUUAUGAUCAGAAAGAAAUGACAUUCAGGAACUUAGCAAAUAUUUUAGGGCCUUUGUCUGAGCCUAUGCUGCUAUACGAAUUUUCAACUCAGAUUGAUAAAAAGAGUGAAAAUUUUACGUUAAUUUGGUUAGACCCUACAGGGACCAUUGGUGACGUUAAUAACAUACAUGUGGAUGAAAACAAUCUUACAAAUAUAGUGAAACCAAAUUUAAAGUCACCACUUUUACCCGGAAUUUGGAAAGUUGGCUUAUUAGAAAAUAAUAAAAUAAUAGUAGCAACCAAGUUUCUUAUAUCACCUUUAGAAUAUUUUUCCGGUAAAGAAUUGACGCAUCAACAAUCUAGUAUUAUUCACAGUGGAUCUCAAAAUUCUUACAAAAACUUUUCAAAUAUCAAACCAAAGAACUUUGUUCCUGAAUACGAAGAAAGUAUUUUAUUACAAAAAAUAUCUCAUUCAAAUGUCCAAAGGAUAAAUCAAGAUUUAAAAGAGUGGAUUGAUGGACUGACAGUUGAGUUUUAUAAUGUAUUGGGUUCAUGCAUUAUGCUAAAUAAAGAAAUCGAUGAUAAAUUAGUAUGCGGACGCCAAAAAUUUGAAAAUUGUGUUUCAACACAGUGGAGUUCUUUGUCACCAGAUCCUAAAGGUACUAUUGGCAAAGUUAAUAAGGUAACUGGCCGAAUGGAAAGAGUAUGACAAAUAAUUAUAAUUGUUCUAUAUAGCUUAGAAUUGUUUGAAGUAUACUCAAGAGCUAUAUAUCCGAAGCAGUUACACGAGCUAAGUGCGAGUCUAAUUCGCCCAUCGAGACUUCCGUUCUUACAAAUUAUUAAUAUACGUAAUGAAAUCGA